UGAAGAGUUCGUUGGACGUUAGCGGCAGAGAGGCGGCUCGUCCCGUGCAGGCCAGUGUAGUGCCCCUCCCCCAGGGAGAUGGAAGCUGCUGUAGUCGAUGCAGCAGGUGUCAAUUUGCUGGUCUAGUGAAGACCUGCUAAAUCAACAGUAGAGCACUCUCCGGUACUCCAGCUCCCUGAGAAAAGUAAGGGAAGUCAGCCGGAGAGCGUCUCCCAUCGACGCAGCACAGUGAAGACACCAGGGUGAGAAACCAAUAAAUAAAAACAAGCUGUUGACUUCAAGAUUUUAUAGUGAAAGUGAAUUGGAGGAAACUGUGUUUGAGCUGAUUGCUUCUAGUGACAACUCUGAUACUUGGACCAUGGAACAAAGAGAAAAUAUCAGUGAUAAGAAUAAAACAGAAGUCUUCACUGAGCCAUCCUAUGCUAUAGACAAGUCUGAUGAAAUUGACUAUGUUGAUACUCUGUCUGGUGAACUUGCAGAGGGCAUCAACUGCUCUGUUUCAGGCCAGGCAUAUUCCAUAAAUGUCUCAGAAUUAAAGUUUCCAGAUCAAAGCUUAGCUUGUUUCAGUUCAUCACUAGAUGCAGAACUUGAAACUUACAAUAAAAUAAGAGAGCAGAUUUCCAAAGUGUAUGAAGACAAAAGUGAAGCUGGUAUGUUGGGAAAAGUCUGCAACAAUAUGCAUUUCAGUUACAAGGAGAGUGAUGUAGAUGAAGACUCACAACUAGAGUAUCACAGUGCUGAAGAGCAAGAUUAUUCUGGUCAGAAUACCUCAUAUAUGCCUUUUACGCAAAUUAAAACUCCAAGGACACAAAAUUCAGAAUUUCUGGAGUUGGUAGAGCCACUUUAUGAAGUUAUAUGUGAUGGAGCCAUAGGUGGGCAAAAUCCUGUUAGCAAAUUAGAUGAUGGUUCUUUUGCCUUGGAUGGUGCUGUUGAUGAGUUUUAUAAUAAAGCAGCUAUACCAGAAUUAUCAAAAACAUCUCAGGACUCCAUAUCACUGAUAGAUUACAAAGGCCUGAAAUGUGAAACUCAUGAAGAGGAACAAACUGAAGAUACAUACCAUAGUAUGCUUGCUGAAAAUUCAUUUGAAAGUGAUACUGUUUUGAAUAGAGAAAGGGCUUAUCAAAAGUCACUCUCCAUGAGCAGUUCAGAAAAUCAACAAAAGAUGGAGGCUGUUUCUUCUUGUGGUGUUGCACAGUCAUCACAAAUGGCUAUAAAAAAGGUGUUUAAAAUGAGAGAUGGUCACAGCACUAACAGCAUGUUACAGAAGCAUGGAAAUACUUGUGUAUUACCAUGGGAAAGAUCUUCUGUGACAUCCACACAGAUUUCUAUAAAAAAUGCAGACAGUUCAAUUUCUUGUAGUUGUGAAGAAUCAUUUUUGUCUGCAUUUAAUUCUGAUUGUCAUGAUUGCAGCCAGAAAACUGUUGAAAGGAAACCAGAUUUUUCUUUUGCACUCCCCAGAAUUCCAAUGAAAGAUGGUCAUUUGUCUUGUGUGGAAGUUACAGAUAAGUAUGCUGGUAAUAGUACCAGACAUCAAGUAGAUUUUCCUAACUCAGAAAUCAAGUGCCUCACAUGCUUGAAUAAUGUUACAAGUAGUAAUAAAGUUACAGUUAACCAGACUGUUGAUGCAAGUUCUGAUUUUAGGGCUUGUUUCACUACAAGCAGAGCUACUAGUGCUAAUGCUUCUGUGGUAUCUAAAGCAAACAACACAAAGUUAACAAUGAUGAACAAAAUCAAGUCUGAAGAAUGGCAGAGUGAGACCUGUAGAAGUAUUGCCUGCAAUACAGAUUUGUCAUGUGUAGGUGGCAGUAUGGAGCAGAUUGCCUCAUGGUUUACUGAGACAUGGGAAAAUUGUAUCUACAGUGAAAUCCCAGCAACUGAAUGGAAUUCACAAAUUAAGGAUCCUAUGGAGUUGAAAAAUAAAUUGAGUGUCAGAGAUUUAAGAGAAAAUCCUGACAGAAUGUUUCAUCUUCGCAAAGAAAUUGAGAAGAAUUAUUCAUCAAACUGUUGUAGGAUGAUGCUGCAGAGAGCUGUAAAAGCAGAAUUGCAGCUUCUAAGAACUCACUAUUGGCUGUGUCAUCAGCACUGCUGGAAGAUUUACAGACUUGUUAUGGAAGAAAGAGAAUGUUUUAACAGGAAUUUUAAAAGUGACAUUGCCAAGACUGAACUAGGGUCGUCUUUGUUGUCUGUUUUUGAAGAACUGAAUGCUAGGUAUGAAAGCAUGAGAGAAAAAAUAGUCCUGGGUAUACCAUUGGAUUCACUGCCCCCAUUAUCAGUAGAGUCAAAAUUGCUCUCAAUCUUUUCUUCUUAUGUUCCUUCAAAGUUAGUGAAAGACGACCUUCUUUAUACUUCUAGUUCUGCGGCAGAAAAAUCAGGCUUAGAAAUGUCAAAACAUCAAGAGAGUGAAAUUUCUUCCAGCCUGAAAAGAACACCACCUUUAGUCACUCCUCAAAUGUGUUUAACUGACAACAGGCAGAAUAAGCAAUAUCCUUCCUACAAGAACUUUGAAAUAAAAUAUGAGGCUCAAGAUAUAGAAAGGGACUGCAGAAAAAAUCAAGAAAUAAAUGAAGACUGGUUUGAUGCUAAAGAAAACUUUACAGUCACUGAUUUUUCAGUAGCACUUCAAGGGAAUGAAAAACAAGAAAAUCUACAGAAGGUCAUUAGUACAACAGAAAUAAAGAUGGUGGAGAAUACAAAAAGUGAGCCAAAUAAGCAUUAUUUUAUUCAUGUUGGUGGCUUAAGUCCUUCAGUAUCAGAGGUUGAUCUAAGGUCUCAUUUCCAGAAGUAUCAGGUUUUGGAGGUUUCAAUAUGUGAGUUUUCUACUAACUACAGGUAUGCAUCUCUGAGUUUUAAACAAGCUAGUAAAGCAAAAUUGGCUGUGGAAGAAAUGAAUGGAAAAGAAAUAAAAGGAAAAGCAGUAAAUGUUCAUCCUGUAAAAACUGCAGGAGAAUAUAUCUUUCCAGCUUCUCAAAAAGUUUCCAGACCACUUCACUAUGAAAACCAAACCACUGAUAAUUUGGAAGAAAAUAUUCAAGUCAGAACUACCUGCUCUGUCCCAGACUCUUUGAAAGUGCCUUCCACCACCUCAACCUCUUUGAAAGUGCUUUCCCCUCCCUCAGUUUCUUCAGCAGUGCCUGCCCCUAUCCUGGCCUCUUCAAAAGUACUCAGCUCUGAUUUACAACCACUUAAACAUGAAUCAGGACACCUUUUAUUCUCAAUUGAUCAACAGACUAUAAGAGAGAAUCCUCUACAGAUAAAACCUGUUCAGUUCUCUCCUAAUCCAUCUGCUACCUUUAUACCUCCUAACACAUUGAACUUGAGCAGCUUUACCAAAUUGAUGAAGAAACUAAAAGAACUGCAUCCCAAGGCUAGUAGAGAUAAAAUUGUGGAUGCUUUGCUGGAGGUCAGAACAAAUAAUAAAGGUUUCCUAAGUGGCUUGUCUAUUAAUGCUAUUGUGGAAAUGGCUUCCUUUGUUCUGAGGAAAUCUGCAUCCAUAUGUGAGGAAAAAGUAGCAUAAACAGCUUUGGAAUAACUCAUCUGGCCAUAAGCAGGAGCAAAGGGAGUGUGGCCAGAGCGCAGCUCCAAAAAGUUGAUCUGCCUCUGUGAACUGCAAAGUGAGUAGAGCAGCCCAGAUGUCAAAAAUUGUGGGAGAUGCUGCUAGCAGAAAGGAAAUGAUUGCAUUGCAAGCAUGGAUGCAGAAAAGACCAAGAGAACCAGUGUGGAAAAGAGCUUGUUUUUGAAUAAUUUUUAUUUUUAUUUAUGUGUUGUGUUCAAGUGGAUGAGCAUUCCCAUAAUAGUAUUUUAUAAACUUUCCUUUGUAAUUUUUUGUUCCACUCAUGAAAAGGUAGUUGCAACAAUCUGUAGCAAGAUUUUGUCUUUCAUUAUGAGGGAGCUGGAUAAAAUGAAAACAGCCUUCUGCCACUGAGGCUCUGAAGCAACCAGGUCAUUAGUUGCCAAUACGAAAAAACUAACAUCUGUGUAAAAACUGUAAUCUUCUUAGAGCAUGUUAAUGAGAAAAAGGUUAAAGAUAACUUCAAGAAAAGUUUGCUCUUGUUAAAGUUUGUUUAUAGAUAUUCCAGUAUGUGCUUUCAAAUUUUCUAUGGAUGAACGUAUAUUUAGGAUGUUUCCUGUGGAUGAACAUCCAUUGAGGAUACUUUUGAGUAUCUUAAAGUCAGUCUUGGAAGUUGAUGUAACAUCUAAAUGUAUUUUGCAGAAUAUGAUGUGUAACACUGUAGUGUGAAACAAAUGUUGUGUCACUGGUCUUCCAUAUAGCAAGCUACCAGUGUUUGUUUUGCAGGAGAGCGUGAUAUAAAUAUCAGUUGUACACUUUGGUUUCACAAGCUUGUAUUUAGACUUCUAAAAAAUAAAUGUUUGUAAAUGUUGCAUAUGGUCCUUAUUUCUUAAUUUUGAGGUUAUAUUUUAAAUUUUUCAUAGAUUAAAAAUGUGCAAUAGAAAAAUUAUACUGAGGUUUUUGUAUUGCCAACAUGUAGCACGGUGUAAGUGCAUCAGGCCAACUUCUAGUUUUUGAAGUGCUGCAUAAAGAUUGUGGCAGUUCAUUAUAAAGCUGUUAAAACUCAGAAUUUCCACUUCAGAGGAAAUUUCAA